AUAGAGGCAGGAAAAGCCACGAGUGAUGGUUAACGUGUUUGAAGCUGGCCGCAGCCAUCGUACUUCACAUCUUGGACAAACUCAGAAAUAAACGAGCUGGUGUUCAGUCCUGGAGGCCUGCUGCUACUCGGUGCCAGGUGGGCGUCUACACGAGCCCAGAUGUCCUCUCUGUAAUUAGUGGCAGACCCAGCUCGGUCGGGUCCAGCCCAGAUCCAACCUCUCAUUUACAGAGGACCUCCCUGGAUACUUAAGCAGCUUUACAACACGGAGCAGACCUUCUGGGAAACUGUCUUAUCGCUGGGUAGGUGUUCAAAAUGUCCAUCGCCAAGGCGGCGGCCAAGGCCAUGCUAUCUGAUGCCCUGCUGCAGGAUGGCCCCGGAAUAAACCGGAUCAGCCACCUGGAGCUGGAGCUUCCUCUGGACAAGGUCAUCAAGUACGUGUCGGUCGGCCUACCAUUGCUGCUGAUCUGCAUGGCCUUCGCCCGUGAGAUCUCUCUGGGACCUCAGAUCAGCUGCUUCCCUCCCAGUAACUUCACGGUGAAGCAGGCAAGCUACGUGGACAUGUACUGCUGGGACUCCCUCAUGCACCACGAGUUCGACAGGAAUGGAAACUUCGAGGAGCGCUCCCUCUGGGUGCACAAAAUGUUCCCGUACUCUCUGCUUGCCAUGGCAGUGCUGAUGUACCUGCCAGCGCUCAUUUGGCGCCAGCUGGUGACACCUACGCUGGGCUCUGACCUGCUCUUUAUAAUCGAUGAGUUAGACAAGUCAUACAACCGCUCGGUGCGACUGGCGCAGAACAUUCUGGAUAUGCGUCAAAACACUAAAAACCCACUGACUUUUCAGGCUGAGCUUGAGAGAGCCAAGAAGAAGCGGUACUUUGAGUACCCCCUGCUGGAGAGAUACAUGCAGUGCAAACAAAAUUCCUACUUCUUUGUUAGCAUGCUUUUCCUGCGCGGCUUCCUUCUGCUGACCUUCAUGACGGCUGCCUGCCUGUACCUGGCCUACUUCCACCUGUCCGCCUUCCUUCAGGAUGAGUUCAGCUGCUUCGUGCGGACAGGCAUGCUCCGGGACCAGAACUGGGUGCCUGAGCUGGUUCAGUGUAAAAUGAUUGGCCAGCUGGUCUUCCAGGUGAUAAGUGUAGCUAACGGCGCUAUCUACGUCCUGUUGGGUCCGAUCGUCCUCUUCAGCCUAAUCCGGCUCUUUGUCUGGGACACCACCUUCCUCUCUGUCUACGAGGUCCUUCCAGCAUUGGACGUCAUUAACCGCCGCAAGCUAACCUGCCCUUUGAAUGACCUUAACGUGCUCCUGCUCUUCUUACGUGCCAACGUAGCCCAUCUGAAAUCCUUCGGGAAGGUGAGGGCGUUGUGCUCACUGGCACCACCGCAGGUGGGCAGCAGCACUCCCGGGCAGGGGUUGAGCGCUAUGCUAUCCCAAGAAGAGAUUCAAGAACGUGAAGAGGCUGCGAUGGAGCUGGCGGAGGAGUUAGCGGAGGCCAAAGAGGAAGGGAAGCUCAACCUGGUGGAUAUCAUGACAAUCCUUGGAGCGGCUCAGGGGAAAGUGGUCAACUGCAGUGAGCAGAGACCUCUGGUGGAGGAGAGUUUGAAUCUUGAGCCAAACCACCAGGGGUACCAUGAGUUGAAGGAGACUGCACCUUUUAGUCAUUUCUAGGCCUCCUAUGGACUGAUUCAGGGCCAUAACUUUGCGGGUUUGGGACACGCUACGGUAGAUUUUACUGUACACACAAAGACUGAGGACACCAAGAGUUUCUGUGAUUCAAAGAUUAAAAAAGCCUCUUUUAGAAUUACAGGUUGUCACUGUGGAUAUAUUUGAUAUUCAGCUGAUUGUGUGUGUAUGUGUUUGUGGGUAUUCAUUGUUGCUGUUUGUUCUUUUGAUAAGUCGAUGUUUUGACUUUGUCAAAAUCACGGUUCAACUCAGGCUAAAGUCUAAAUGUAAGAAAACAUACCAAAAAUAACAGGAAUUGUGCAUUUCUCAGAAGCAGAGCUAUAAUCAGUUCUGAAAGUACAUAUGUUUGAGCUGAAAAGCAUUGCCACCGGUAACUAUGGAUACCGGCAGUCAUUUUGGGCGGCUGACAUUUCAUGAAGCUUUCUGAGAGUUGUAAUUACUGUUACUUGCUUUUUUUAACUUCCUGCUACCGUUUUUUUCCCUCUUUAAUAAUUAGAUUAUACUGUGUUUUACUUGUAUUUUACUGUAAACUGUAUUUUCAUUGUGAUCAGAAUUAAAUCCAAUAAAAUUAUUACUGUCAUUAGUA